AUGGACAUACCACCUGAUUAUGUGCCCGAUGUCGUUGCAAAGAUGUUCAACAAGAAUGACUUUUCAUACUUGAAGCUAAAACCUGAUCAUGCUUCAAGACCUUUAUGGAUAUCACCAAGUGAUGGUAGAAUCAUUUUGGAAAGUUUUUCACCUCUUGCUGAACAAGCUCAAGAUUUUUUAGUCACAAUUGCUGAACCUAUCAGUAGACCAAGUCACAUGCAUGAAUAUCGUAUAACGGCUUAUUCAUUGUAUGCAGCAGUUUCAGUGGGUUUGGAGACAAAUGAUAUAAUUUCGGUGUUGAAUCGUCUAUCGAAAGUUCCAGUUGCUUCUUCAAUUAUAAAUUUUAUCAAAGGUGCAACAAUUUCUUAUGGUAAGGUUAAGUUAGUUUUGAAACAUAAUAGAUACUUUGUGGAAAGUACACAAGCAGACAUAUUACAAAUGUUAUUGAAAGAUCCUGUUUUAGGUCCACUAAGGAUAGAUUCAUCAGAAAACAAUAAUGGGCUCACGUCCGAGAAGGCUCCUGUUCAAGGUGAUUUGAGAAUUCCUGGGACAAAACCAGUAAAUGCAAAUGGUGUAUCUGAAGAAAAAGUUGAGGACAUUUAUGCAUCAGUUAUUGGGGAUAGAGAAGAUGAUAACGAUGAUGAUGACCUUGAUGCUGUUCAUUCUUUUGAAGUUUCCAAUGAUUCUGUUGAAAUUGUGAAGAAAAGAUGUCAAGAAAUUGAUUAUCCCGUGCUGGAAGAGUAUGAUUUCCGUAAUGAUACAAGAAAUCCUGAUUUAGACAUUGAUUUGAAACCAUCAACUCAAAUUAGACCUUAUCAAGAGAAAUCUUUAAGUAAGAUGUUUGGUAAUGGUCGUGCUAGAUCUGGUAUUAUUGUCUUGCCGUGUGGUGCUGGUAAAACUUUGGUUGGUAUUACUGCAGCGUGUACUAUUAGAAAAUCAGUUAUUGUUUUGUGUACCUCUUCAGUGUCAGUUAUGCAAUGGAGACAACAAUUUUUGCAAUGGUGUACUAUUCAACCUGAAAAUGUGGCUGUUUUCACAUCUGAUAAUAAGGAAAUGUUUCAAAGUGAAGCAGGGUUGGUUGUUUCUACAUAUUCAAUGGUGGCAAACACAAGAAAUAGAUCUCAUGAUUCUCAAAAAGUCAUGGAUUUUCUAACGUCAAGAGAAUGGGGGUUCAUAAUUUUAGAUGAAGUUCAUGUUGUUCCUGCUGCAAUGUUUAGAAGAGUUGUUACUACUAUUGCUGCACAUGCUAAGCUAGGUUUAACAGCAACAUUGGUUAGAGAAGAUGACAAGAUUAGUGAUUUGAAUUUCUUAAUUGGUCCUAAGUUGUACGAAGCUAAUUGGAUGGAUCUUGCUCAAAAAGGUCAUAUUGCAAACGUUCAAUGUGCAGAAGUGUGGUGUCCAAUGACUUCAGAAUUUUAUCAAGAAUAUUUACGUGAAAGUGCACGAAAGAGAAUGUUGUUGUACAUCAUGAAUCCAACAAAGUUCCAAGCCUGCCAGUUUUUAAUUGAAUAUCAUGAAAAACGUGGUGAUAAGAUUAUUGUCUUUGCAGAUAAUGUUUAUGCCUUGCAACAAUAUGCCCUGAAACUUGGUAAACCAUUCAUUUUUGGUUCAACUCCACAACAGGAGCGUAUGCAUAUUUUACAAAAUUUCCAACAUAAUGAUCAAGUUAAUACCAUAUUUUUGUCAAAAGUUGGUGAUACAUCUAUUGAUUUGCCAGAAGCUACAUGUUUGAUUCAAAUUUCAUCGCAUUAUGGUUCUCGUCGUCAAGAAGCACAACGGUUGGGUAGAAUUUUGAGAGCUAAGAGAAGAAAUGAUGAAGGUUUCAACGCUUUCUUUUAUUCAUUAGUCUCCAAAGAUACACAAGAAAUGUACUACUCCACAAAGAGACAAGCGUUUUUGGUUGACCAAGGUUAUGCUUUUAAAGUUAUUACACAUCUACACGGUAUGGAAAGCUUACCAGAUCUUGCUUAUGCUUCACCAAGAGAAAGACGUGAAUUAUUACAGGAUGUGCUGUUGAAGAAUGAAGAUGCUGCAAGCUUAGAAGUUGGUGAUGAUGCUGAUAAUUCAGUUGGUCGUGGUAAUAACGUUGGAAAACGUCACCACAAUGGCGGUAAUGGUAGUAAGUCCAAAGCACAAAGAACUGCUGGUUCAUUAGCAAGUUUGGCUGGUGGUGAAGAUAUGGCUUACGUUGAGUACAGCUCGAACAAAAAUAAAGAGCUAAAAGAACAUCAUCCACUGAUUCAAAAGAUGUACUAUAAGAAUAAAAAGAAAUAG